CUGCCCGUGGUGUUCCACCAGUCCCCGGGCCAGUGGAGCUUCUUCCUGGCCGACAUCUUCACCACGCUGGUGGAGCUCCGCUGGAGGGUCAUGCUCCUCAUCUUCUGCCUCUCCUACAUCCUCUCCUGGCUCUUCUUCAGCAUCCUCUACUUCCUGAUCGCCUACGUCCACAAAGACCUGGAGGACCAUGACACGGCUCCGUGUGUGGCGAACGUCCGCAGUUUCACUUCCGCCUUCCUGUACUCCAUGUCGACCCAGGCGACUAUCGGCUAUGGCUUCCGGGUGAUGACGGAGAACUGCAUGGUGGCCAUCGUGGUGGUGACUAUCCAGGCCCUGAUGAGUUGCUUCAUCGACACAAUCGUCAUCGGCAUCACCGUGGCCAAAAUGGUGCGCGAAGAGGCGCAGACAGUGGGCUUCAGCAGCUCUGCCGUGGUCAACGCGCGCAACGGCGCCCUGUGCCUUGUGUGGCGUAUCGCCGACUUCCGCAGGAACCACAUCCUGGAAGGCACCGCGGCGCAGCUGGUCCGCCCCACGAAGCACCCCUCUGGGAUGAUCUCCGUGACCUACCAGGACCUAGACAUCCAGAGUAGACACCUCAUCCUGGCCACCCCGGCCAGCAUCGUUCACAAGCUGGAGCCUGGGAGCCCCCUCUACAGCCUGGGACCGGACAGCCUGGCGGAGGAGGACUUUGACCUGGUAGUGUCCUUCACCUACACCGGUGACUCCACAGGCAUCCUGCACCAGACACGCACGUCUUACACCCCAGCAGACAUCCGCUGGGGCCAGCGCUUCCAGGACAUGGUGCAGGUGGGGAGGAGGCAGUACAAGGUAGACUAUGCCCUGUUUCAUCAGACCACCUGGGUGCAGACACCCAUGGUCAGCGCCCAGGAGGGUGACAGGGGGAGACCGCCGCCCACGGAGUCUAUCGUCCAAUCGCAGCAGCCGUUUGUGAGAUCGAGCAGGAAAUUCCGGAGGUCCUUGGCUGAUGUCAGUGAGGAGGUGGUUCAGGAGGCGUGGCUCUGAUGACGCUGUGAUAAUCCCAAAACAGCAGAGACAGAUAACUACAUUGUUACAUUAUUGUUAUAUAGUACAUUAUCACACAGGACUUCAGGAAAGGACUUGAGUAAGUGUAAUAGGGUAGUUUCAUUGUAAAUAACUAUUUUAUAUCAUAUUUUAUACUCCUUUGUUAUAUCCUUUAUGAAUGUAAUAAUUGAACUAAAUGUUAUUAAAUAAAUAAACAAAGAGUACGUUGUUGAAGUCACAUCUGACGUCCAAGUGAACGUCUUUGUUGUGAUGGACAGACUGCACCACAUUUAAAAUAAAUAUACUUUCUUUCUGAUGUGAUGGUCGUAAAAGUUUUAUUCAAAUACAAAAAUACCUCCCAUGUUUCUUUAGUGAAAAGUCCAAAAGAUGAUUGAUUAUUGUGCAUUGUAGUGAAGUCAUAUGUAAUAUAUUUACAGUUCCAUUUUAAACCAUGUGUUUAAUUC